AUGGGCUUCACUGAUCUCCUCACCGAUGCCGGUCUUACCGUGCUCAACAACUGGCUCCUCACCCGCUCUUAUGUCACUGGCUACACUGCCUCCCAGGCUGAUGUUGCCGUCUUCAAGGCCCUGAAGGAUGCUCCCUCCGCCGAGAAGUACCCCAACGCUGCCCGCUGGUACAAGCACAUCGCCACCUACGAGGACGAGUUCGCCACCCUCGCCGGUGACUCUUCUGCCCCCUACACCACCUACGGCCCUGAGGUCGCCGAGGUCACCAUCAACCCCGCCAAGGCCCCCGAGGCUGCCGCCGAGGAGGAGGAGGAUGUCGACCUUUUCGGCUCCGACGAUGAGGAGGAGGAUGCUGAGGCUGCCCGUAUCCGUGAGGAGCGUCUCGCUGCCUACCGCGAGAAGAAGGCUGCCAAGCCCAAGAUCGCUGCCAAGUCCAUCGUCACCAUGGAUGUCAAGCCUUGGGAUGAUGAGACCGACAUGGUCGCUCUUGAGGCUGCCGUCCGUGGCAUUGAGAAGGAUGGUCUCGUCUGGGGUGGCUCCAAGCUCGUCCCCGUCGGCUUCGGUAUCAAGAAGCUCCAGAUCAACAUGGUCAUUGAGGACGACAAGAUCUCCCUCGAUGAGCUCCAGGAGCAGAUCGCCGAGUUCGAGGAGUGGGUCCAGUCCUCCGAUAUCGCUGCCAUGCAGAAGCUCUAA